AGAGAACUUACAGAAUCAACCUCUUGCUUCAAAAUUGAUCCGCUCCUGGUGUAGAUUCCUCCUUCUGUGCAGCUUUAUUGGAUCGAGCACAACAUCAUGAAAGCAGUUCAGAAGACUCCUCUGCGUCUCCUUCUCCUUCAUAUAUUCUUGCUCUUUUUGCUUCCAUUGGAAGCCACGUCAUCACAAAGAAUACAAGCUGAAGCUCUCCUAAAAUGGAAGAACAGCUUUACGUCUUCCUCACCUUCUUUGAAUUCAUGGUCGCUCAUAAACCUAAACAACCUGUGCAACUGGUCUGCCAUUGUCUGCAACGACAAUACCAAAAUAGUUUCCGAAAUUCACCUUGCAAACUUCAACAUCACCGCAGCACUAACACAGUUCAACUUCAACAAGUUUUUCGAUCUUACCCAUUUCAACGUCAGUGGCAACAAUUUCUCAGGGCCGAUACCAUCUGCCAUUGGCAACCUCACCAAGCUCACAACCUUGGAUUUGGGAAACAAUACCUUGGAACGAGAAGUGCCUGCGGAAAUGGGCAAGUUAACGGAGCUUCAUUUUCUAAGUCUCAAUAACAACUAUCUCAAUGGUACCAUUCCCUAUCAGCUGGACAAUCUCAAAAAGGUACAACAUUUGCUUCUUGGAGGUAACCAUUUAGACACUCCUAACUGGUCUAAAUUUUCAGGCUUUCCUUUGUUGAGGUACCUUGAUCUUUAUGGGAACAAUUUAGAUUCAGAGUUCCCAGAAUUUAUAUCUGAAUGUAGGAACUUGACCUUCCUGGAUUUGUCUGGAAAUGUUUUGACUGGCCAAAUACCAAAAUUGGUAGUUACCAACUUGGUCAAGCUUGAAUCUCUCAAUCUCACCGAUAACCGAUUCCAAGGGCCAUUCCCAUAUAACUUUCCCAACAUUAAGCACCUUUAUUUGGAAUCGAACAACUUUAGUGGUCCAAUUCCUGAAGACAUUGGUUUGAUAUCUGGUCUUCAAUUUAUUAGCCUUUAUAACAAUUCCCUUGAAGGCAAAAUCCCAUCCUCUGUAGGCCAACUCAGGGAGCUUCAGCACCUAGACCUUGGAAGGAAUUCCUUGAACUCUUCAAUCCCUUCUGAGCUUGGUCUUUGUACCAACCUAACUCAUUUGUCCUUGGCUGUGAAUAAACUCAGUGGGAAAAUUCCAGCAGAAAUUGGAAACUUGAAAGUUUUGAGAGAGUUGAACCUUGGGGAAAACCUGCUCUCAGGGCCGAUUCCUAUGAAAUUCUGGAACCUCACAAAUCUUCAGAUCCUUUAUAUGGAUGACAAUAGCUUCAAUGGGAAUAUUCCACCAGAAAUUGGCCUGUUGACAAAACUUGAUUUCCUCUGGCUGGGCGGAAACAAUUUCUCUGGAUCAAUUUCCUCAGAGAUGGGAAACUUGAAAGUUUUGAGAGAGUUGGAGCUUGGGGAAAACCAGCUCUCAGGGCCGAUUCCUAUGAAAUUCUGGAACCUCACAAAUCUUCAAUACAUGGGCCUUUCCGAGAACAACCUCUCCGGCCCAAUCCCCCCAGAGAUUGGAAACAUGAGUUCCAUGGUUAACUUUGAUAUCAGCACAAACCAACUUGAAGGGGAGUUGCCAAAAACUAUUUCUCACCUCAGAAAACUAGAGCGGUUUUCCGUUUUCACUAAUAGGUUUUGGGGGACCAUUCCCAGUGAUUUCGGGAAGUAUAGUCCUAACUUGAGAUUUGUUAGCUUCUCGAAUAACAGCUUCUCUGGAGAAUUACCGCCAGACUUGUGUAGUGGAUUUGCUUUGCAGCAAUUCUCAGUGACCAGCAACAAGUUCACAGGGCCAUUACCGGAGUGCUUGAGGAAUUGUUCUGCAUUAAUAAGAAUCAGACUUGAGGAGAACCAAUUCACCGGGGAGAUUACCAAUGCAUUUGGUGUUCAUCCCAGCCUCAAAGUAAUCUAUCUUAGUCACAACAAGUUUGUUGGUCAACUCUCACCACGAUGGGGAGAAUGCAAAAACAUCACGGAUAUGCAAAUGGACGGAAAUAGACUUUCUGGUCAAAUUCCACCUGAGCUUGGGCAGUUAAGACAAUUGCAGAAGAUAAACCUAGGCUCUAAUGAAUUCAGAGGGAAUUUUCCAGUUGCCAUUGGGAAUCUAAGCUUGUUGUUCAUUCUCAAUCUCAGCAGGAACUACUUGACAGGAGUUAUCCCUCGGUUUCUUGGCAAAUUGACAAAGCUUGAGUUUCUUGAUUUGUCUGAUAAUAAUUUUACAGGGGUAUUACCAGUCGACCCUGGAACGUUUGAGAGGUUAACAAGCUUGAACAUAAGCCACAACAAAUUAUCAGGUGGAAUACCAGAGGAGAUUGGUAAUCUACACCUGCAGUACUUGUUGGACCUAAGCAGCAAUACAUUCUCGGGAUCACUACCAUUAAACCUUGCCAAGCUUAUAAUGCUGGAGAUUCUUAAUGUCUCACAUAACCAACUCUCCGGGAAUAUCCCAUCAACAUUUUCCAGAAUGGCUAGUCUUGUCGGCAUUGAUUUUUCUUACAACAACUUGACAGGUCCAAUCCCAACUGGUGGCAUUUUCCAAAAGAAGCUUCCUAAUAAUGCUUUCAUUGGAAAUAGUGGUUUGUGUGGUGAAACAGAGGGACUAACUCCAUGCACUUCGGGUCCCAAAAAGUCCAACAAGAAAAUUCUUGUUGGCGUCCUUGUUUCGAUUUGUGGUUUAUUGCUGAUGGUGACCAUAUAUGCUGUAAUCCUUAAGUUCUGCAAGAAAUCAAAGCCUGGAGAAAUCGAUCAUCCUCAGACGUCUAAAAGUUUUGAGUCAAGUAUUUGGGGAAGACAUGGUAAACUUACAUUUUCUGAAAUCAUCACUGCCACCGAGAACUUUGAUGAAAAGUACCUCAUUGGAAGAGGAGGUUUUGGAAGUGUUUACAAGGCUGUGUUGGACAGAGGCAGAGUCGUUGCAGUUAAGAAAUUGAAUGUGUCAGUAGAUUCUAGUGACAACAUUCCAGAAUUGAAUCGCAAGAGUUUUGAGAAUGAGAUAAGAACCUUGACAGAAGUGAGGCACAUAAAUGUAAUAAAACUAUAUGGUUUCUGUUCCUGGAACGGGUGCUUGUACUUGGUGUACGAAUAUGCAGAGAGAGGCAGUUUGAAAAUGGUAUUGUAUGGAGUGGAGGGCGAAGCAGAAGUACUUGGCUGGGGCACAAGGGUGAAUAUUGUGCAAGGAAUAGCUCAUGCUAUUUCUCACUUGCAUAAUGACUGCUCUCACCCAAUCGUUCACCGCGACAUAACUUUGAGCAACAUAUUACUAGAUCGAGAUUUCGUGCCACGCCUAUCUGACUUUGGAAUAGCAAGACUAUUGAGCUCAGAUUCCUCAAACUGGACUGCUGUAGCGGGGUCUUAUGGCUACAUGGCUCCAGAGCUCGCAUUCACAAUGCACGUGACAGAGAAGUGUGAUGUAUACAGCUUUGGAGUGGUGGCAUUAGAAAUCAUGAUGGGAAGGCAUCCAGGAGAGCUACUGAAUUCUCUAUCGGAAAAUGGAGAUAUGCUUUUGAAGGAUUUGCUAGACCAGCGACUUCGGUCUCCUUCAAGUCAAUUAGCAGUGCGAGUGGUUUCCUUGGCAACGAUGGCCUUGGCCUGCACCAGCACUAAUCCCGAUUCACGACCCACCAUGCAUUAUGUGGCGAAAGAACUAUCAUCCACUAGGACCCGGACUAGCCUCUCUGAGCCGUUAGGCACAAUAACCAUCAAUGAGUUGGCAGGUUUUCAUAACUAGAAGUGGCUGAAAUAAAAAAGGGGUUUAACAAGUAACAACUAAAUCCCUUCUCCAAAAUUGACAGUCUUGCAUUUCCACUAGUUUCUAGUUAUUUGGUGUAUAAAUGUAUUAUUAUAGUGCCAGCAAUUUAAGGUAUAAUAAGUAGUAUUUCUGUUGAUGUAAAACUCAAAUAACUGGUACAGUUGUACUAUAACUGAAGUUAGUUCUGCUCAUCAUGUCUUGUGCAAUAAAUUACAAUUACAAU